AUGCCCAGCAAGAACGCCCGCCUGCAGCAGUGGCUCAACUACCGCGUCCGCAUUGUCCUCCAGGAGAGAACAUUUGCACUUUCAUUGCAGAGGCCCCCCCGCAGCAGCAGCCCAAGAGGCCCGAGGGGGCCCUCGCGGGCCCCGGCCGGGGGGCCCCCGCAGGCCGCGGGGUGGGCCCCGUGGGGGGCCCCCUGGGGGCCCCCCUGGGGGCCCCCCUGGGGGCCCCCCCAGUGGGUUUGGCGGGGCCCGUGA